CUGGAGGCUUUGGAGUGCUUUGGUUCUCAUACAAUGGAGGGAAAUUCUGAAGGAAACACCCAAGACAUUGAAACUGUGUUUCAAGGACUUCUAAACCCAUUUUCUACCGCUUCUACUACUCAAGCAUGGUUACAAGAAGGUGUUGCAUACCAUUUAGCGUCUAAUUUUAGAUUAAGUCUCGCAAUGCUAUACAUUUCAAAUUUAUUGCGGGAGCUGCCAGGUUGGGCAUACAGGAAUCCAUCAGUAUUUACUGAGUUGCUAAAGCAUGAUGAUUCUGAGAAUGAUCAAGAAAAACAACAGAUAGGGGAAUUCCGGGAGGUUAUUUUGGUAUUGGAGCGGAGGUACUCACUUAAGUUGAUAGAUUUAGCUAACAUGGUGUUGCUCUUUGCAUGCAACAAUGGAUUGUUAUUUCUUGGGUACCAAUUAUUGCAGGAAGUUAUUUUUUGGGAGCAUGAAAUUGAUAAUCAGCAUAAAACUGGCCAUUCUACUCUUUGCCCCGUUUUGUUUGAUGUGUUUGUGAAGGCAAACAAGGAGCUCUUUUAUGCAUAUUCUCGAUAUGUCGUAUGUUGCCAUUUAUCUGAUUCCACAUUGAAGCUGCUUUCUGGCAAAGCCUCCACUGUUGAAAUUUAUAGUGAGACUUGUUUUCAGAGGAAUUUCUGUUUGCAGAGUUUAAUAUGCUCAUUGAGGAUUAUCAAACGGCUAGUGAAAUAUUAUGAUCAUUUACUCCUUAUAGAAGGACUUACAUUGAGAACCUAUGCAUUUCUUGAACUUGUGGAGUACUUGAUGUACUUUUCUCUCAAUUGGUUUAGCAGAAAUUUAAGCGAGUUGAUUCAAUUGGUGUGCCAAAUACGUAGAGCUUAUAUUGGUGAUCAUGACUCUAUUGAAGUUAUGACAGGUGAACUGAUGAAGCUCCUGCAUCAUACCUUAGAUGGUAACACUAGUGAUGCAUCAAAUGAUGUUGCAGAAAUACUUGAUUUCAUCAACCAAGAAAACCAUGUUAAACUCAGUGAACCUUUAGCCUUUUCAAUCCCAGAAGAUGAAAAGUGGCAAUUAAUAGGGACUUCUUUGUGGAUACAAAAUACCAACUUUACUAAUCAACAGUUGAGAAAAUUUCUUGCUAAAGAUGGAUGUGAUGCUGAAAAGUCUAUGACAGAUCAUAAUCCUUUCCCUAUAAUUAUUGCUAAAUUAACAAUGGCAUCUAUAGCAUAUGUUUCCUCUUUAUUAACAAAACAGCUUGCAUCUUUUCUCAGGGAAAAAGCAUCCAAGGGCUUACUGGUUGCAACUUUUGCAUGGUUGGAGGAAUCUAGUCAGCACGAAUCCAGCUCCCUGCCACAUAUUGAUCAGGGAGUUUGCUUCAGGCAACUGUACACUGGUGGGGAUAGGGAGGCCCUUUUUAAAAACUUGUGGGAAAUUUCUGUUAAUGCAAAGAAAAUUUAUUGGAAUUUGUCGAAUGGAAAUGUUUGUGGUUUUGCCUAUAGUGGCGAGAAACUUCCUACAUGCUGGAAAGAUUUUAAAAUAGUUAAGCUAUCUGAUCAUGUGAAUACUUCGCAUUGUCAAUCUAAAGGCAGUCCUAGCAAUAGUGCCAUCAAUGUAAUCGGAUCACUCUUUGCUAAAAAAAUUUUUGAUGCUGAUUCUUUUAUUGAGACAAGAAGAGGAGAUUCAAAUAUAAUGCUAGAGAAAGCUAAUUUUGAGAAUCCAUCAGAAAUUGUAAAGAGAAGUGGGGAGCUUCUAGAGGCAAUUUGCUGCAAUUCCAUCAAUGAGCAACAGCUAGCUGUCACUAGCAACCGAAAGGGGCUUCUCUUCUUCAACUGGAAAAUGGAAUCAGCAUACAAAGAGAAAGCAUUGUUCCUCUGGCCAGAGGUUGAUUGGCCAUCGAAUGGAUGGGUGGGUUCAGAAUCUAAACCACCUGUGUCUCCAGAAAUUGGACUUGGAAGCAAUAGUGGCACACACCUUUGGUUGGGUGGAGGAACAAUAGGCUUCGGUUCAAUGGCUAGACCAGUAAGAAACUUUACUGGUGGUGCGGCUUUUGGUAUUCGAGGCUAUGCUGGCCUAGGAGCUUCCGGUCUGAGCUGGGGUGAACAGAUAGAACUUAAGUAUUUCGUUCCUCCUGCAACAGUUGAAGAUGCGAGCUCACGAACUUUAUCAAGCCAUCCUUCAAGGCCAUUCUUUUUGGUUGGAUCUAUCAACACACUUAUUUACUUGUGGGAGUUCGGAAAGGACAAAGCAAUGGCGACCUUUGGCGCUCUACCUGCUGUUAAUGCUCCUCACCCUUAUGCACUUACAUUGAUAUCUGCAUUGAAAUUUGAUCGUUCUGGACAUAGAUUUGCUGCCGCUUCAUUGGAUGGCACAUUAUCCACCUGGCAAUUUGAGGUUGGGGGGAGGAGCAAUGUUCACCCAACGGAAUCAUCCCUCUGUUUUAAUAAUCAUGCAUCGGAUGUUGCUUAUGUGGGUGCUAGUGGAUCGAUAAUAGCUGCGGCUGGAUGUAAUACUAAUGGCCACAACGUAGUUCUAUGGGACACUCUGGCUCCUUCUGGCACAUCUCAGGCAUCCCUUUUGUGCCAUGAAGGUGGUGCCCAUUCUCUUUCAGUCUUUGGUAAUGAUGUUGGGACUGGUUCAGUUUCACCGCUAAUAGUUACUGGUGGGAAAAAUGGUGAUGUUGGACUGCACGACUUUCGGUACAUUGCAUCUGGAAGGAGCAAGCGGCACCAACAAUCUAGAAAUCAAGGCUUCAGAUCCUCUACAUCUCCCAAUGCUUCUGAGCAUGUUGAUAAUGCAAAUGGAAUGAUUUGGUACAUACCAAAGGCUCAUUCAGACAGCAUCACAAAGAUCAGAACCAUUCCUAACACAAGCAUGUUCUUAACCGGGAGCAAAGAUGGAGAUGUAAAACUUUGGGAUGCCAAAACAGCACAAUUGGUUUUUCACUGGCAAAGAAUUCAUGAUCGUCACACUUUUAUUCAACCGGACUCUAGAAGCAUUGGUGGGGUUGUUAGGGCUGCAGUCACAGAUAUUCAUGUACUUUCUUGUGGUUUUCUUACGUGCGGUGGAGAUGGUUCCGUGAAGCUGGUACAACUGAAGUGAGGGACAGAACUUGGAAGAAUUCCACCACGUUCACCAAAUGCUCAGACCUCAUUUGGAAUGCAACUUAUUUAUCUGAGUGAUGUGUGUAAAUGUUCUUUACUUGAUAGUUUUGACAAAGCAUGAGUCAUUCUACUUGGAAUGACUCCCACCAAGUAGUGAUCUAGCAAUAAAAGCAUUCUUAUAGUAUGCUUAGUGG